AUGCUCAAGACAUAUUUGCACCAGGCUUCUGAGUUGGGUGCUGUCAAAUCUGUCGCUGUCAUGCUGAAGGCUGGCGCCAAUGUCUCAGCUCGCCAUCAUAUCGACGGAACGCCGUUGUACUUCGCUGCGAUCAAAGGCAAGGUUGAGGUGAUUAAGUUACUUAUGGAACAUGGCGCAGACGCAGGCUGCCUUGGUGUCGAAGACUAUUCGCCGCUUGCAGAAGCUGUACGGAGAAAUCAGCCGCUCGCCGUAGAAGCAAUACUACAGAGCAGCAGAAAUACAGGCAUGACCAAGAGCAAAGCAAUACCCGCAUCUUUGUUCUAUGCGGCUGCAGCAUCUGGCUCGCCUACUCUAAUAAAACUGCUUCUUCAGCAUGGUGCCAACCCGAAUAUUGCACCAGAUGGGCGGUUCCCCCUCACAGUGGCUGCCGAGUAUGGUAACGUCGAGAUGGUUAAGGUUCUGCUAGAGUGCGGAGUUGAUAUUGAUGCUCAAUAUGAAGGGGACGACACCCCAUUGCACAUGGCUAUGAAGGGCAAUCACCCUGAAACAAUCAUGGUGCUCAUCGAGGCUGGAGCCAACGUCUCCUCGGCUGAUAGGAGCGGCCUUCAACCGUUACACAUGGUGCCGCAGUGUGACAAAUCUGCAGAGAUCAUCGAUGCUCUAUUGGCGAAGGGGGCUGACUUAUCUGCUGUUAGCAAUGACGGAUUAACGAUUCUCCAAAGCAGUGCAGAGGUCAGCAACUUCGAUGUGGUCCGUCUUCUUCUUGAACGGGGCGCAAAUCCUAAGCUAUCCAGUGAUCGGACACUGCUGCUAGCAUCCCGUCAUGGUCAAGAGUGGAUCGUUGAGCAUCUCCUAAACUGUGGUUGUGAUUUGGAGAUGACAGACAACGAUGGAUGCACUCCACUACUCGCCGCAGCACAGUUUGGCUCCCUCAAAGUGGUCCGUAUGCUCCUUAUAAAAGGUGCCAAUAUCAAGGCUACCAACAAAUCGGGAUGCGAGUCAGCCUUAUUAGCGGCUAUUGGCUCGCAUGCCGAUAUCAUACGUGAGCUUCUUGGUACCGGCAGUGUUGAUCUGGACCAGCAAGACUUGGACGGUCGAACAGCUCUCUUUUAUGCCGUCAUGCUUGGCCAUCAAUCUGUUGUCGAAGCGCUCCUCACACACCAUUCCCCUCCUGCACUCAACACCACAGAUAGGUAUGGGGCGACACCAUUCAUCAUGGCCGCACGGAAUGGUCAUCUGGCACUCAUAGAACAUCUUCUUCCAUUUGUCAACCAGUGGGACGUACUGCAUGAUAGAGAUAAUUGGGGCCAAGGUGCUCUGUACUGGGCUGCGCUGUGCAAGAACCCGCAAGUCAAGAAUCGCCUCGAAUCUUAUGCUCGAGAUUUGGGCAUGGAUGCGCGGUCUUAUGUUGGCACGCCUAUUCAUCCCCAUGCCCUAUUUACAAGCCAGACUUGCUAUUGCGACGUGUGUGGGAGAUGUACAAUACACGGCGUGCGGGGGCGAUCCCAACAAUGUCAUCACUGUGUCUGCGCCGCCGGAGGCCAGUUUCUCAUUUGCUCGUCUUGCUCUAGAGCCGGCGCAAAGUGCAGGGACGCCGGUCAUAUAUGGGACCUUUAUGAAUGCGAGAAUGGGGAUAUGUCUGCGUAUGAUUCGGACUCUGAGUCCGCCUCCGAGUCCGAGGAAGAGCCGUACGAUAGUGAUGGUGCCGACAGAGUGCAGAAUUAA